GGCUGCAGUGAUGGGCACUGAUAGGCUGCACUGUUGGACACUGAUAGGUGGCACUGGCAGCACUGAUAGGCGACACUGACUGGCACUUAUAGGUGGCACUAAUUGGCAGCACUGAUUGGCAUUGAUAGGCAGCACUGACUGGCACUGAUGGGUGACAUUGAAAGGCAGCUCAGAUGGGCACUGAUAUGUGGCAUUGAUGUGCACUGGUAUGCACUGAUAUGUGGCACUGAUGGGUACUGGCACGUGGCACUGAUGAGCACUGACUGCUGGCACUGAUGGACAUUGACAGGUGGCACUUCUGGGGCCACACUGAUCAU